CGAGUUUACCAUCCCUAGUUCAUGGUUCUCAUCAGCAUUAAGUGUUUCAAAAUAGAGUACUUAUAUUCUAAAUCUUUUGCUGUCUUAUUGGAAAUAUAACUUGAAACUUAUUUCGUGAUGUCUUUAAGACGCCCAAAAUCUCCGCACAUGGGUCACAAUGUGAAAAGUGCAGAAAAAGAAGAGAGCUUUUGGGAAAAAUUUAGUACAAUUGGAAGGAAAAAGGGAACGAAGGAGGUUCAAAAAGUUGAAGAAGAAGGCAAACACGCUAUUGAAUCGCCAGGAUUACCAAAUCAAUUCGAUAUACCUCCAGAAGACUAUACAUUAAGGGACUUAGAACAGCGUGCUGUAAUAGACCCCCAGUCAUUAAAUAAUCCUGAAGUAAUUAAGCUUCAACGCAUUCUAAUCGAUUGGUUGAAUGAUGAGUUAGCAGAACAACGCAUAAUAGUGCAAAGCAUUGAAGAAGAUUUAUACGAUGGACAAGUUUUGCAUAAAUUAUGGGAGAAACUGACUGGUAAAAAACUUGAUGUGCUAGAAGUAACACAGUCUGAGGAAGGCCAACGGCAAAAACUUGAUUUUGUGUUAAAUGCUGUUAACCAUACAUUAGGAUUUCAUCAGAAGAUACCAAAAUGGUCGGUUGAAAGUGUACAUUCAAAGAACUUAGUGGCUAUUCUCCACUUAUUAGUAGCGCUGGCUCGUUAUUUCCGGGCUCCUAUUCGAUUACCAGAAAAUGUUUUUGUUUAUGUUGUUAUUGCCCAAAAAAGUGGUGGCGUCUUGAAUGCACAGAAAUUUCGUGAACAAAUAACUUCUGAAUACGACGACGUAGGAAUGCGUUGUGACAAAGAUGCAUUCGAUACACUUUUUGAUUGCGCUCCAGAGAAAUUAUCUGUGGUUAAAAAAUCGCUUAUAACUUUUGUAAACAAACAUUUAACUAAGUUGAACUUUGAAAUUACUGAUCUUAAUUCAGAUUUUCGAGAUGGUGUAUAUUUAUGCCUGUUGAUGGGAUUACUAGGAGGAUUUUUUGUCCCAUUAUAUGAAUUCCAUCUAACACCGCAAGACAUAGACCAAAUGGUCUCAAAUGUGGCUUUCUCAUUUGAUUUAAUGCAGGAUGCCGGAUUGCCAAAACCGAAAGCUCGACCGGAAGAUAUAGUCAACAUGGAUCUUAAGUCUACCUUACGCGUUUUGUAUAACUUGUUCACGACCUACAGAAGUGUAGCCUAAUCAGAGUUAGUCAUUUGAAUUAAAAGAACGCAAAGGCUUUUAACAAUAUAACAUUUAUAGACUAAUACCUUAUGGACGAAGAUCGAAAGAGAGAAUUUUUAUUGAAGAUUCAUUAACGGUUCUAAUCUUAAAAAACCAUUGACUUCUGCAGGUGCUGUUUUGCACAUGUUCUUUUGGACACAAUUCUUUCAAAUACAGCCAAUUUUAAUAUAUCAAGUUACCAGUAGGUUUUAAAAUAAUGUGCCUUAUUAACAUUUUAAUAACUAAUAAAGUUGAAAUUAUUAAUAAAUAAAAAUAUAUACAUUCGA